AUGGCGAUCUCUUCUUCUUCAUCAACAUCCUUCGCCAUUAUUAUUAUCCUCCUAACAAUCACUCUUUCUGUUUCCUCCGAUUCCGAUCUCACAGCAGAACUCCACGCCCUACAAUCACAAUCACCAUCCGGCGUAAUCCGUCUCAACCAAAACCUAAUCUCCCAAUUCCUUUCUUCCCCAAAACCUCCCCGACCAUUCAAUCUCCUCAUAUUCUUCGACGCCGUCCAGCUUCACAACAAACCAGAGCUCAAUCUCCGGCGUCUCCGUUCCGAAUUCUCCCUUCUCGCUUCCUCCUUCAUCGCCAACAAUCCAAACCAAUUCAAUUCCAAAUCCAAACUCUUCUUCUGCGACGUAGAAUACACAGAAUCUCCUACCACAUUCGACAUACUAGGUGUCAUUUCAAUUCCCCACAUCCGCUUAAUCCCCGCCGCCGCCGUAAACCUAAAGAACGAUUCAACCCAAUUCGAUUCCGGCGAUUCAACCCAAGUCGCGGAAUCCAUGGCCGAAACAAUCAAAACCCAAAUAAAUCUAUCAGUCGGCCCAAUCCAUCGCCCCCCAUUUCUUUCCAAGAACCAAAUAAUCCUAAUCACUGUUGCAUCACUGAUUUGGGUUCCAUUUGUUGUGAAAAAAUUGAUUGCAGGGGAGACGAUUUUGCAUGAUCGAAGAGUGUGGCUUGCUGGAGCAGUGUUUGUGUACUUCUUUAGCGUUUCAGGGAUAAUGUACAAUGUAAUUCGAAAGACACCAUUGUUUUUAACUAACAAGACGAAUCCGUCUAUGAUUAGUUUCUUUUAUAAAGGUUCGGGGAUACAGCUUGGUGCAGAGGGAUUUGCUAUUGGAUCUUUGUACACGAUUGUGGGUUUGUUGGUUGCUUUAGUGACUCAUGUUGUUGUGAAAGUGAAGGAUGUUAAUCUGCAGAGGUUUGUGAUGUUGACAUGUCUGUUUAUUUGUUUCUGGGCAGUGAAGAAAGUUGUGUUUUUGGAUAAUUGGAAGACUGGAUAUGGAAUUCACAUGUAUUGGCCUUCAAGUUGGAGGUGAAGUCAAGAAUUACUAAGCUUCUUCAAUUCAUUCUUUCAUUCUUUUGUUAUUGA